GUUUUCAAUAUCCUUCACCUCCGCUCAUUCACCCUCAUUACGAUGAGCGGGUUCAGCCGGUCUGUUCUUUGCUGUUGGAUGAGAGGAUCGGUUCCCAAUGGAUUCUCUCUCGCUCCCGGGAACGCGAUUUUAGGUCGAAGCUGGGUCGAUCAGUUCGAUACUAUAGGGAUCUGAUCUCUAACACGGACACAACCGAAGUGCACCAAUUGCCUCUCUAGAGACCACCAUGCUCAAGGCACCAGAUCACCAAGUUGCGGGCCACCAAGCCCUUGAUGGCCAUCUUGGGCCACUGGUGGAUGAUUCGGGAUGCUUCUAUAAGCCUCUUCAGAAUGAUGAACGUGGAUCAAAGGAAGUGGCGUUUUAUGAGAAGUUUAUCUCCUUGACUGGGAUCCCCAGUCGUAUCCGCAGAUUCUUUCCCAUCUUUCAUGGCACCAAGAAUCUCGAGGCAUCUGACGGCACGGGCAUGCACCCCCACCUCAUCUUGGAAGAUGUUGUUUUCGGGUGCAUGAAACCAUGCAUCACAGACAUCAAAAUUGGAUCAAGAACUUGGUAUCCGGGAGCCUCUGAGGACUACUUUCAAAAGUGUAUUUCAAAAGACGGAAAUUCCACAAGCGUCUCUCUGGGGUUCCGGGUAUCGGGGUUGCAGGUUUAUGGAAGCAAGGAGUCGGACUUCUGGAAACCCAACAAGAAGAUUGUAAAGAGCUUUACCCCGGAGGAUGUUAGGUUGGUUCUGAGGAGAUUUGUCUCUUCUGAUGUGGUACCAGGUAUAGAUAAGGACGUCACUCCAGACUGUUCUCUGGCAUCGAGAGUUUAUGGGGGCUCUUCCGGAGUUUUGGCGCAACUGUCGGAGCUGAAGGAAUGGUUCGAGGAUCAGACCAUGUUUCACUUCAACUCUUGCUCGGUUCUCAUCCUCUAUGAAAAGGAUUUGGCAUUGAGAGGGAAAUCUGGUGGGGCUGAAGUUAAGCUCGUUGACUUUGCUCACGUGGUGGAUGGAAACGGUGUCAUUGAUCACAACUUCUUGGGUGGCCUCUGUUCCUUAAAAAAGUUCAUUUCUGACAUUCUCACUGAUACCAACAAGCCCUUGUCGGAAGCUUGCUUGCCUGAGAUGGACACCUCCGCAGAUGGCCUUUAAGACUGCAACUUAUGACCGAGAUUAAUGUUCAAUAAUCUAAGUGGCUCUCAAUGCCCAUUAAUGUAAUCGCCCUGGAGUUUUUCUGAUAGAAAACAGUCCCAGCCUGAUCAGUGCUGCAUAUCUGACUUCCAAACUAGCAAUAUGAGUUCCAAAUUUCCUUUUCUUUGCCUUG